AUGAAUCAGCUAUCAUCUCCAACCGAAGCCGCCUCUUUUUUCCGAUCAAAGAUCGAAGAAUCAUUCCAAAAAACGUCGGCCACAUUAAAUCAAUGGAAAACGUAUCUAACUGACUAUGAAAACUUACAGAAAACUCUCAAGACACUAGAUGAAGAAACCGAAUACAAAGCAAUGGUCCCAAUAGGCAAAAUGGCAUUUAUGCCAGGGAAGAUUGUUCACACGAACGAAAUAUUGGUGCUACUUGGGGAUAAUUGGUUUGCAGAACGUUCUGCUAAGCAAGCCAUUGAGAUAAUUGAGCGUAGAUUGGAAUUGGUAAAGAAAACAAUAGAUGACCUAGAGGUUCAACUUCAGGACCAGUUAACGAAAAUCGGGCUGGCUUCUGAAGUCUUGGAAGGCGCUGUUAAUAGCACAAAGUUGAACGAAGAAGGCUUACCAUUUGUUGAAAUUGUCGAAGAAUAUCAUGAUGAAAAGACAGAGCAAACUAAAGCCGAAAAGGAGACCGGCGAUUCAGACGACGAUGAGAACUAUGUAGAACAAGACAUAUUUGAGUCUUCGGAGGACGAUAGCUCCCAAGUGGGGAGAACAGACCCAGUGAGCGCUCUAGUGGACGAUAAGUCCCAAAUAAGAAGAAAAGACCCAGUCAGUGCCGUAGUGGUCGAGAGGGAUACGAAUACCAACGUCGAUAUCGAUGAACUUGAAAAUGAGAUCUGGACCCGAGAGAUUACCUCCGAAUAUAAUCAAAGACGUCAAUCUAUGAUAGCUCAAUACGGUGGAUUUAAUACACCUGUUGAGGAAAAAGAGGUCCCCCAGGCGGAUGACAAACCUCGUAAGAAGAUUUCUAGAUUUAGGGCAGCAAGAUUGCAAGGUAACUUAGACUGA